GGGCACGGCCAUUCUUCAGGGGUCCAAUCACGGGUGAGUCGCGUCGUGUCCUUUAAGGCUUGCCGAUUCCAAUUCGAGAAUGAAGCUUCGGCUUGUUGUGGAAGUCAACAUCAGCACCAAGCACAACAGCGACUCGCUUGGCGAUUUAGAUCCCCAACUCACCGCGAAGUUGAUACUGCUUCCGUUUUCAGUUUUCCAUCCGUCGACGGCCUAUUGAUGGUGCCUUGUCGGUAGCCCCUCUUACCGGAAACGAUCACCAACGAAUUGCAAGGAGCUCUAGCUCCUGACAGUCGCCCGCCAUGUUGAACAUAUUCCGAAUCCUGGGAGAUUUCUCCCACUUGGGAUCCAUCCUGAUACUACUGCACAAGAUGACGGAGCUCAAUGGCUGCACCGGCAUCUCGUUCAAGUCACAAGCCCUCUACCUCAUCGUAUACAUCACGCGCUACCUGGACCUGUUCAGCACAAAGAGCGUGUAUAACUUGAUAUUCAAGAUCCUCUUUAUUGCAGCGCAGGGCUACAUCAUCUUCCUGAUGACGACCAAGUACAAGCCGACGCACGACCCGGGCCUCGACACCUUCCGCGUGCAGUACCUUCUAGGCGGUGCCACCGUGCUCGCCGUCCUCCUGCCCUACGAGUACACCGUGUCAGAGAUCUUCUGGGCCUUUUCCAUCUGGCUCGAGUCGGUUGCGAUCCUGCCCCAGCUCUUCAUGUUGCAACGCACCGGCGAGGCUGAGACCAUCACAACGCACUAUCUGUUUGCUCUCGGCGCCUACCGCGCCCUCUAUAUUCCCAACUGGAUUUGGAGGUACUUCACCGAGCCCAAGCACCAGAUCGACUGGAUCGCCGUUGUCGCUGGCCUCAUUCAGACCGUUCUGUACAGCGACUUCUUCUGGAUCUACUACACCAAGGUCAUGAAGGGCAAGAAGUUCAAGUUGCCGGUAUAAGGCGCCUGCGUGUU